CGACUUUCUUGAUCUUAUCAACAAUCACUCAUCAAUCGGUCGCAAGCAACAUCGCACCGGAUAGCAUUCAUCACACAGCAUAUUCAGAAUCCUAAAACGAAGCUACACAGCCCCCCGAGCUACAGCAACACACAGCCGAACAUGGCGUCUCAUCUCGCCCACAUCUACGGCACUGAGCAGGACCGUGUCAACUGCUCCUUUUACCUCAAGAUCGGCGCCUGCAGGCAUGGUGACCGCUGCUCCAGAAAACACAUCAAGCCCAACUUCUCUCAGACCGUCCUCCUUCCCAACGUCUACAACAACCCUGCGCACACGCCAGAAGGCGCAAGUAUGAGCAAGGAGGAGCUGCAGGCCGACUUUGACCGUUUCUACGAGGACUUCUUCAUCGAGCUCUGCAAGUACGGCAAUGUGCAAGAGAUGCACGUCUGCGACAAUGUCGGCGACCACCUCGAGGGCAAUGUCUACGUGCGGUACGAGUGGGAGGCCGAGGCCGGCAAGGCCGUCGACAUGCUCAACAACCGAUGGUACGGCAUGCGGCCUCUGCACGCCGAGCUGUCGCCCGUGAGCGACUUCCGUGAGGCGUGCUGUCGCCAGAACGAGCUGGGCGAGUGCAAGCGCGAAGGCUUCUGCAACUUCAUGCACCUGUGCCACCCGACCAAGUCGCUCGUCUCGUCGGUACACGCCAGCCAGCGCGUCUCACGGCGGUCAAAGCUGGGCAACGGCGGUGGUGACGGCCCCGAGGCUGCCGAGCUCGGCUGGACACCAGGAGGCGCGCGUAGCCGUGGCACUGGCGGACGCGACGACGGCGGUUGGGGCCCAGACCGCGCACGGUACUAGGCGAGCGGUGUGGGUGUGAGCAGCGGGGCUUGAGCCUGCGUUGAGCAUGUGGAGUGCGGCGGCGAGGUGGCCUGGGAUGGCCAGUGGUGAACACAUAGAUCAGCAGCAACAGAUGUAGCAUGGUGCCAUGG